GAUCCAAAUACUUCUCGAGGUCGUUUAUUUAAACUGUUUUAGUAUAAAGCGGAGAUUCAAGGGGGUAAUAACACAAAGCGUCAAUACGCUGAGGGUGUUAUAUAAUCACCUUGAAAAACACAAAAAAAGUUGCUCUCUUGAACUUCGAUUAUGGUAUAAAAAGAGCUCCUCACAACACCAUCUUCACUUUUUAUCUGCUGAUUUGAGGGCUUGAUUUACAUUAAUGGAUCAGAAAAUCAAUGUUUUCGUCUGGGAUAUGGACGAGACUCUCGUCUUACUAAAAUCCCUCAUCACAGGCACAUAUGCAAAGGCUUUUAAUGGCUCUAAAGACGUUCAAAAGGGUAUAGAAAUUGGCAAAACUUGGGAAAAUCAAAUCCUUCGGAUUUGCGAUGAUUACUUCUUCUAUGAACAAAUUGAAGGCUGCAACAAGCCUUUUGUUGAUGUAAUGAGGGAGUAUGAUGAUGAAUUAGAUCUCACUGAUUAUGAUUUUAAGAAUGAUGGUUUUGUUGGUGCCUCUUUCAAUGAUGUCGCCAACAAGAGGAAAUUGGCAUACAGACAUCGUAUCAUUGCUCAGAAGUAUAAAGAGGGAUUGCGUAGUGUUUUUGGUGAAAAGAUGAUAAAAUCAUGGGACAAUCUUUAUCAGGAGACCGAUGAUUUUACAGACAAAUGGUUGUCUUCAGCCAAGGCUUGUGUGGCGGAAUGUGCAAGUGGAAACAAAGAUUCCAUUCCGGAUGGCAUCUCAGAUUCCACAAGUUCAAGAAUUCAAAAUGUGAAUGUUAUUGUAACUUCUGGCUCAUUAAUUCCAAGCCUUGUCAAAUGCUUGCUAUUUCGGCUUGAUGACUUAUUUUCCUAUGACAAUGUUUACAGCUCAUGGGAAGUAGGGAAGUACAAAUGCUUUUCGUUGAUCAAAGAACGAUUCAACGGACCAAACGUGCAGUUUUGUGCGAUUGGAGACGGAUGGGAAGAAUGUGAAGCCGCCGAAAACAUGCAAUGGCCGUUUGUGCAAAUUGACCCGGGGCCCGGCUUGGGGGUUCAGAUGUCAACUGUUGCAACCCUCCCCCCCAGCCGAAAAAUUGAUGAUCUAGAUUGGAUGGUGGGGUCUGAUGGUGGGUUCUGUAUUAUAGAGGUAAAAGCUAAAGGAUUAGGGUUCAAAGGACAAAAGGUAUCACAUAAUUUCUUUGUCGGAUGA